AAGCGGUGACGGAACUUCUAUUGAAUGCGCGGAUGCCUGCAUUCAGCAACCCGAAGUACGAAGGGCAACGUCCCGCAGAGUCGCAACUGCAGGGCGGGUGCUCUCGCCCCCCGCCCCGCGAUGUAACUCCUACCACGGGAACCUAAACACGUCCACCCCUCGUAAAAGAUACUCCCGUAACUGUCACGAGCAGGCCAGCUGCCUACCGUGUAAGCUCACAUCAACAUGCUUCAUAUCAUCUUGGCUCUCGUGAGGGUUACAUUGAGCAGGACGUGAGCAUGCGGGGAAAAUACUACGAUUGGUACCGGCCCGCUAGUUGGCAGUGCAGGGUUACUGGAAUUGCUGAUCUGAUCCCCGGUUGAAUAUGUACCUGAAUCCUACAAAACCAAGGAAGCCCGCCAUGUUUACAGACGUAAGACAACUCUAUCUGCACGGAAAUCUCACGUAGCGAUGUGGAUUCGGUGUCUGGCCGCAUUUGCAGGCGUUGCAGCCGCUCUGCAACCUUUGCCUCCUAUCAAGUGGACAUCCAACAAUACCUCGUCCACUGGCUUCUCCCUCAGCAAUGCGCCCAAGACUAUCUAUCUUGACAGCGCUUUCGCAGACCGCACUGAUACCACUGGCCUGACGCUCAUACCGCCCACAGCUAAAGAGUUUGCUGAGACUUUCCGCUCGGAUCUGGAGCAAUUAUUUGGAACAGGCUGGACAGUUGAGGUCGUUGACAAUCUCCCGUCGACCGGCAUAUUAUUAGGAUCUUUCAAGGGCGAUACAAGUGAGGUCAAGUACGAAAAUGGAGUCGAAACGGAAGAAGGAUACGAAUUAGAGAUCAGUGCAGAUAGCAUCUUCAUUGGUGGUACAGGCUCCCGCGGGAUGUUCUGGGGCACAAGAACAUUACUCCAAGAACUAUUGAUUGCAAAGGGAUCCUCCCUGACGCCGGGCCGUGUGAUCGACGCACCGGCCUACCGCACGAGAGGCUACAUGCUGGACGCUGGACGCAAAUGGUACACGCCGGAGUUUCUGAAAGAGUUAUGUACAUAUGCUUCGUUCUUCAAGAUCUCCGAGUUCCACUACCACUCGAGUGACAAUUAUCCCUUGAAUCGUGGGCAUAACGAGACGUGGAACAAGGUCUUCUCACAUUUCUCGCUCUAUCCGGAGGAUGAAAAUCUGCAAGGUAUCAUCGAGCGCAAGAAUGAGACGCUAUCGCGGGAGGAUUUUGAAGACUUCCAGCGGCAUUGCGCACAACGAGGCGUUACAGUCAUCCCGGAGAUCGAGGCACCGGGCCACUGUCUCGCCAUCACGAAAUGGAAGCCAGAGCUCGCACUGCCAAAGAAGGAUCUCCUCAACCUGAGCCAUCCUGAAUCGAUCCCCACCGUGAAGGCACUCUGGGCCGAAUUCCUGCCUUGGUUCCAAACAAAAGAAGUGCACAUUGGCGCGGACGAAUACGACUCAAAGCUCGCCGACGUCUACAUCAAUUUCGUAAACGAGAUGUCCGACUGGGUCAACACUACCUCAGGCAAGAGAAUUCGCAUCUGGGGCACCAACGAACCCUCCGAGAACUUCACCGUGUCAACUGACAUCACGAUCCAGCACUGGCAAUACGGGGAGUCAGACCCUGUGAAGUUACAGGACGAGGGAUACCCGUUGAUCAACUCGGAGGACUGGUGGGCGUACAUGAGCCUGAAGAACGACCACACCCCAAUCUUACCGGCGACGUACCCACAGUUCUACAACGUGACGCGGACGCUCAACUUCGCCAACGAGCAGGGCUGGCAAUGGGAUCCCUCACUUUUCAACUUCGUCAACAAGACCGAGCAGCUUGAGCCGGGCGCAAGUGGCAACCGUGGUGCCAUACUCGCGGCAUGGAGUGACAAUGGACCGGACGCUACGACACAGCUUGAAGGCUACUACGCGAUGCGCGACGGGAUUCCGGUCGUCGCAGCGCGCAGCUGGUCGGGCAGACGGGGCGUCAACAUAACCGCAUCGACGCUCGCCUCUACACUCGAGCUCCUCAUACCAAAGGCACCGGGCCAGAACCUCGAACGACGCUUCACAGACUUGCAAUCCCCAUCGAAGGCUACCCCGCUUCUAUCAUGGUCGUCGAACUCCAGCAAUGCGCAAUCAACCUCGCUAGGAAAGGGAUCGUACGGUCCUCCAUACACGCUGUCCAUCAACGCCACCUCGCCGUUCAAUCUGACAGGACCCGACACCUCACUCUCCAUCCAGACGGUCACGACGAACGAGACCUCCGUCACCUCCCUCGUCUUCACCACCGCAGACAACUUCCCGUACCCGCUGCGCUCGACGUCGGAAUCAGACGGCCACGACCCAGGCCACCCAGGCCGCAUCUGGUCCAACGUCAGCAGCUCCACCCACGCGCCCGUGGCCAUCGAGUUCCCUGCGCAGAUCCGCAUCGAGACGGACGUCGUGAAUGGGAGCCGGGUGUGGGUCGGCGGCGCGUACGCGGGGCGGUUCGAAGUCUUCGUGUUCGGCGGGAGGAACACGCUGUUCAGUUGGAGCCAGAUGGCGCUUGUUGCGCCGGUGGAUGGCGUCGAGGGCGGGGUGGAGGGUUUGGUGCUCGAGGCCGGUACGGGAGGCAGGGGCCUGCUUUCUGGGGGAGAGGGUGGUAACUAUACCGGCCCGUAUCCUAAUUCUAGUGUUAGGGUAGGGCAGAGCUGGUGCUGGACGUUCGUCGUGGCUCUUGUUGCGAGCGUUUUCGUCGUUAUGUGAGGGCAGGUUUCCUACUCAUCUGAGGCAGAAGUAGCAUAUGUGAUACCAAUCUAGUAUAAUUGGAAGAAAGUAACAUCCUCACCAAUGAGCGUCUCGACACAAG